UGCAACAACUCUCUUAACAUCCUCAUUUUCUCUCUCUCUCUCUCUCGCUCUCUCUCUCUCUCGCUCUCUUUGUUACACACAUGGCAGAGCUAGACUACCAAACAAAACCAAGCAAUAACACUAACACCACCACCAGCACCACACGCUUAAAACUCUUUGGCAUCAACGUCCAAGAAGAUGAAGACCCCGUAGAUUCCACCAAAUCCCCAUCUGGGUCAUCGGAAUCAAGCUCUUUCCCUCCCUCCGGUGACCGGAAAUACGAGUGCCAGUACUGUUGCCGAGAGUUCGCAAAUUCACAAGCACUUGGUGGGCACCAAAACGCUCACAAAAAAGAGAGGCAACAACUCAAACGUGCCCAGUUACAAGCCACUCGAAACGCCGCCGUUGCCUACGUCCGCAACCCCAUAAUCUCAGCUUUCGCUCCGCCACCUCACCUCCUCGCUCCGCCUGGCUCCGUCGUAGUCCCAGGUGGCUCAGCUCAGCCUUCAUGGGUGUAUGUCCCACGCGCCGCACCGCCCUUCCACGUGUCACAUGGGAGCGUGUUCACAAAUAAUGGUAAUGGUGCUGUUAGUGUUAUUUCCAGUAGUAAUAGUAGUAAUAGUACGAGUGGUAGAGGAGGAGCAGGGAUGUUAUCGUAUGGUGGUGGUGUAGGGGAUUCGUCUGCAUUUUCCAUGGGCUCUCAGGUAGUACAGGCCCGGACCCAUAACAGGGUUGAUGGGCCAUCGUUGAGUAGGUUCUCCAAAGGCGAUGGUGGGCCCAGUUUUGAUGAAGCAUUGGGCUUGGACUUGCAUCUCAGCCUUGCUCCGGCUGCACCUUAGGCUCGGCUCAACUUGCCUUGACUUGAAUAGAUGUUUACCAAGUGGUUUGGGUUUGGCUCCACUCACAAGCUUGAUGUUUAUCAUCUCAAAUCGGAUCUUGUACAUUUUUCCACAAUUAUUUAUUUAUUUUUUUUUUCUCUUAAGGAAGUGAUUUGGAUAGCACAUUGAUCAUUAA